AUGGUAACUGUUUUGGAAUAUUUCAAAACUAACGAUAGAGAAACAUGGACUUACAAACAUUUUUUAAAUGAAAUAAGAGAAACAAUCAUAAUUUCGCCACCGUAUUCUGGUGACUGGAGUGGCUUAGAUGGUGCAUGGUAUAGGAGGUAUAUCUAUCAUGUCGAAAAGUCCGAUCCAGAGUCCGAUCCAGAGGUUUUGCCGCUGUUUUCGGCGCCCUUCUGGGUUGAUGAAAAUGAUAAAUGUCAACAAACGAUACCUUUUUUUCAAGACAUUCUUGAACGCGAAAAGAGAAAUGCCGGGAAAAAUUAUGUAAUAGAAGACGUAAGAGUCCUUAACGAAGCAGUUCAGCUGAAGUUACAGGCGCCGUUAACAAACGAUAUCCUGAGGAUUAAGCCAGGGGAAACGAAGAUGAUGCCUCGCACAAACGUCAAUGUCGCCGAACAGAAAACGAGCCAUCGCAAACUCCAGAAGACAAGGCAGUUAUCUUUAGAAUCUGAUCUAUCAGAUCUGAACGCGAUGUUUUCAUCUGCUUUAAAGGAUUGGACCGUGUUGGAACCUUCAGCGGAAAAAUGUCUGAGCUCGGCAGCUAUCAGCUUCUUACAAUUGGAGAAACCGAAUCCAAUUAUCUUAGAAGCUGGCGAUCUAUUUUAUGAUGGAUAUAUCGGCGAAGAUGAAAUUUCUCACGAAGAGAUCUCACCACUUGAUCCUAAUGAUCAUCUGGAUCCAAAUGUCGCGUGCGAGAUGAUCGCGAAAGAAAUCCCCAGUAGACAAAACUCGGAGCAGGACAUAGAUGUCUUAUUAAGCGUCAUAUUUUUUCAUGUUUCGAUGAUAUUUUGGAUAGUCAUUUUAGGUGCUCCGAGCAAUGCGGAAGGAUAUCACGUCGACUGGAUGUUCACGCGACACGAUUUAGGAAAGGAUUUAAGUUGGGGUCGUGAAUUUUCAGUUUGCGAACUGGUUCCAAAGUUAAAACAAACGCAAGGCUAUCACAAUACUUCUUAUGCCUGGUUUUUUGUCUUCUUACUUUACUAUGCGUGCUAUCCUAGUUAUGUAGGAAGAGGCUAUUACGCAUCGAUAAAUUUAGCCGAUUUUGACAUACCAACAAAAUACGAGGAGCUAAAGUCAGAUAUUGAGAUAUCCCAUAUAAUGCUUCAAGUCAAGAAAUUACUAUACACUACUAUUACUCGAUUUACACUUAUUAAAAAAAGAGCUGAGAAGGAAAAACUUGUACCCGGAAGAAUGUUAGUUCCUGUUCCAAAACUGAAA